CCGCUUCCCCCGCUUCUGCCCGGCUCCGACAUGGGCGCCGCUCGCAGCUCCCGGCUGCUGCCGCCGCUGCUGUUGCUACUGCUGCUGCUGCUGGCGCCGUGGGGGCCGCGUGUGUCGGGGGAGCUCCGCUCGCCGCGGCGGCGCUGGCCGGUGCCCUACAGGCGCUUUGAUUACCGUCCAAAAACUGAUCCUUACUGCCAAGCUCGCUACACCUUCUGUCCCACUGGCUCUGCCAUCCCUCUUAUGAAAGAAGAGGAUGUCAUUGAAGUGUAUCGAUUACAGGCUCCAGUAUGGGAAUUCAAGUACGGGGACCUACUAGGACAUUUGAAAAUUAUGCAUGAUGCUGUGGGUUUCAAGAGCUCUCUAACAGGCAAAAACUACACAAUGGAGUGGUAUGAGCUCUUCCAACUUGGCAACUGCACAUUUCCACAUCUGCGGCCUGGCAUGGAUGCACCGUUCUGGUGUAACCAGGGAGCUGCCUGCUUUUAUGAAGGAAUAGAUGAUGCACACUGGAAGGCAAAUGGAACUUUAGUUCUUGUGACCACAAUAACAGGAACCAUGUUUAAUGAAAUGGCACAAUGGGUAAAAUACGACAAUGAGACUGGCAUUUACUACGAGACCUGGACAGUUCAAGCAAGUCCUGACAAAAAGUCAACAGUGUGGUUUGACUCUUAUGAGUGCUCCAAGUUUAUACUGAGAACCUACCAGAAGCUAGCUGACUUAGGAGCUGUAUUUAAGAAGAUGCAAACAAACUACACAAGCAUAAUUUUAUUCAGUGGAGAACCUAUAUAUUUGGGGAAUGAAACAUCUAUUUUUGGACCACAAGGAAACAAGACACUUGCAGCAGCUAUAAGAGACUUUUACAAUCCAUUUAAACCUCAUCAGAGUGUCAGGGAGUUUUUCGUGGAUCUUUUCAAAAUAAUUGAUCGUGUUAUCUUGAAUCAUCAGUUUUACCUCUUCUACAACUUGGAAUACUGGUUUUUACCUAUGAAGUCCCCUUAUCUCAAAAUAAUUUAUGAAGAGGUCCCUUUGCCUGUUGGAAGCAAAGCAUCCUUUGGUGUAUGACUGCCUACUGAAGAACAAAACUUGCCUUUAUGGCAAAAUAUUCUUAAGGAUUUUGGGGCACAAUGAUGUUGUGAACGGGUUGUACGUUUCACUGCUGACUGUAAAAAAUUGUGUCAGACAGGCUUUGCUGUACCAGGUGAAAGACUGCAUUUUUUUUCUUACUACUUGUAUAACACAUUAAUGAACGCUUCAGCAUCUCUGACCUGGCCAGCUUCUGUGUAAGCAUGGCCCCCUGCUUCCUGAGGGGAGACUGCAGUGGCUCCUCUGGCUGAGCUCUGCAGUGCCAGAGGGGGAAUGGGGAGGCAGCUGCCUGCUCUUGGCUCAGCUGCUCUUCACAUGCAUGGCCACGUGGCAGCAGAUGGCACCUGGCCACCAGCAGAGGUGGGACACAAGUUACAAGGAUUAACUCGCUCAACAUGAGUGUCUAGAUGUGUCCAGUUCCUUCAACAUGUGCCUUACACUGAUGUUCCUGUAGUUCUUUGGUCUGUUCGGCUGUGGCCUGUGAACUAUUCUCUGGUAUUCUGGAGGAUGGCAGGCGUGUUUUUUUCACCACUUUGCUUCCUUCAGCUGCACUGUAAACACUAUACAUGUGUACAAGAUGGCUCUUCUUCAGUUUCAUGUGUGUUCUGUGCCACAGAUAAAAGCCAAACUGCCUACCUUGAUGUCAA